GCGGCAGAGCCGGGCUGAUCCCAGCGCAGCGGAGCUGCCGCGGGGCGGGCGGGCGGCCGGCCGGCGAGCGGUGGGGCGCAUGGCGGGCGCAGGCGACGAGCGGACGCCGCUGCUGGGCGCGCGGCGGGCGGCGUUCGAGGGCCGGCGCGUGGCGUGCGCGGCCGUGCUGCUGACGGAGCUGCUGGAGCGCGCCGCCUUCUACGGCGUCACGGCCAACCUGGUGCUGUUCCUCAACGGCACGGCGUUCGGCUGGGAGGGCGCGCAGGCCAGCCAGGCGCUGCUGCUCUUCAUGGGCCUCACCUACCUGGUGUCGCCGUUCGGGGGCUGGCUCGCCGAUGCGCGGCUCGGCCGGGCGCGCGCCAUCCUGCUCAGCCUGGCGCUCUACCUGCUUGGCAUGCUGGCCUUCCCGCUGCUGGCCGCGCCCGCCACGCGCACGGCGCUCUGCGGGGCCCCCCGCCCCACGCGCGUCCGCAACUGCUCGGCGCCGCCGUGUGCCGACGCGCCCGGCCGCUACUGCGCGCCCGCCGCGCUGUCAGCGCUCGCGCUCGUGGGCCUGGGCGUGGGCGCCGUCAAGGCCAACAUCACGCCCUUCGGCGCCGACCAGGUGAGGGCCGCGCAGGUGCGGGGCGAGGGGGCGGGGUCGCCCGCGGACCGGGAAACCCAGAUACCGCGGCGGACCGCGCAGGGUGGGCGGUGGCGCGCUGGGGCUGCAGACCGAGGGGCCUCCUUCCUUUAG